ACCCACCCCCUUACCCCCACCACCUCCCCCAAGAAAACCAACCCAGCAGCCCUAUGUAUGUAUGUAUGGGGCCCCCACCGGAUUUUUUUUUCACCUCUCGACAUGGAUACCCCGCCGUCCCUUGAACUGGGGGCUGGUUUCUUGGCGCAGUGAGGAGAGGAUCCAUGCCGGGACUGCUAAUGGAUUUAGGGAGAGCGCGAGUGACCAUGCCGUGAUCUUGCACGACCGGAGAGAAGAAAUCCGCGGGAAUCAGUAGCGUACGGGGGGGACUACCACCACUGUGCAUUUUUUGACGAACAACAUGAAGAUUACCUCCCAGCUGGUAAAUAGUCUCGUUUUCAGGUUCAACCUCAGGCUUCUCCCGCUCCUGCUGCUGUUUCUCGGAUACUCUCGCGGGAUGCCGCACGUCUUAAGAUUCGGUGGAAUAUUUGAGUCCAUCGAGAGCGGCCCCUCGGGAGCCGAGGAACUCGCCUUUAAAUUUGCCUUGAACACGAUCAACAGGAACCGCACCCUGCUCCCCAACACCACCCUCACCUACGACAUCCAGAGAAUCAACAUCUUCGACAGCUUUGAGGCCUCCCGCAAAGCGUGUGACCAGCUCUCCCUGGGCGUGGCGGCCAUCUUCGGCCCGUCCCACAGCUCGUCGGCCAAUGCGGUGCAGUCCAUCUGCAACGCCCUGGGCGUGCCCCACAUCCAGACGCGCUGGAAGCACCAGGUGUCCGACAACAGGGACUCGUACUACGUCAGCCUGUACCCCGACUUCUCCUCCCUCAGCCGGGCCAUCCUGGACCUGGUGCACUUCUUCCGCUGGCGGACGGUCACGGUGGUGUAUGACGACAGCACCGGCACAGGUCUCAUUCGCCUGCAGGAGCUGAUCAAGGCUCCCUCGCGCUACAACCUCCGCCUCAAGAUCAGACAGCUGCCGGGGGACACCAAGGACGCCAAGCCGCUGCUGAAGGAGAUGAAGAAAGCCAAGGAGUUCCACGUGAUCUUCGACUGCGGCCACGAAAUGGCGGCCUGGAUCCUGAAACAGGCUCUGGCCAUGGGGAUGAUGACUGAGUACUACCAUUACAUCUUCACCACGCUGGACCUGUUCGCUCUGGACAUGGAGCCGUACCGCUACAGCGGCGUCAACAUGACGGGGUUCCGCAUCCUGAACACGGAGAGCUCCCAGGUGACGUCCAUCGUGGAGAAGUGGUCCAUGGAGCGCCUACAGGCCCCGCCCAAGGCCGACUCCGGCCUCCUGGAUGGAUUCAUGACG